AUGGUUUACCUCGGAGAACCCAAGUCUCAUCCCACCAAUCUCUACUUCCUUUUCCUCUUCUUUUCAACAAAUCUCCUUACCUUUUUCCUAACUUCCACCCUUUACUCUUCUUACUUUCUCCGAGUCCGAGUCCCUACUUCCUCUUCAAUUGACACCGUUGCCCCCAAAACCAAUGCCACUAAUGGGAGCAGCGUGCAAGAUUAUUCUCUGUUUGAAUUGAUCUCUCAACCUACUUCACAACCUGAUGAAUUCCUUAGCUUUCUUUUUAGACAGUCACUCCCAUUAGGAUUCAACACAAACUUUGGUUCCGACACCAUUUAUUCUGUAAUGGGACGUGCCUGCACUUUCUUUUAGGAUGAACUUCGAUAGUACAUGUCUUACAUAGUGAAUGGAUCGUGUUCGGAGGACGAGCUGCUCAGCCAGAAGCUACUCCUCAAGGACUGCGAGCCACUAUUUUUCCGCCAUUGUCGCCUCGCUGCACCGUCUCAAUACACCGAACCAUAUCCUCUUCCCACCAGCCUAUGGAGAACACCACCCGAUUCAUCAGUUGUAUGGACAGCUUAUGCUUGCAAGAACUACACUUGUCUUAUCAAUAGGAAGCGUAAGCAAAAGGGUUUUGAUUAUUGCAAGGAUUGCUUUGAUCUUGAAGGUCGUGAGAGAACUCGUUGGACAUCAAAUAGAAGUGAAGAUGGACUUGACUUUGCUAUUGAUGAAGUGUUAGCGACAAGAAAACCUAGUACAAUCCGAAUAGGGCUUGAUAUCGGUGGUGGGGUGGCUACCUUUGCUGUCAGAAUGAUGGAAAGAAAUAUAACGAUUGUGACAACCUCCAUGAACUUAAAUGGUCCAUUCAAUACUUUCAUGGCCUCAAGGGGAGUUAUCCCUUUGUACAUGAGCAUUUCGCAGAGGCUGCCAUUUUUCGAUAACAAAUUGGAUAUAGUGCACUCCAUGCACCUUUUGAGUAACUGGAUUCCAACAACGAUGCUGCAUUUCUUAAUGUAUGAUAUCUACAGAGUGCUAAGGCCUGGAGGAUUAUUUUGGUUAGAUCAUUUCUUCUUUGCUGGGGAGCAGUUGGAGGAGGUCUAUGCUCCUCUUAUUGAAAGCAUUGGAUUCAACAAGUUGAAGUGGGUGGUGGGGAGGAAGCUUGAUCGUGGACCGGAGCUCAGGGAGAUGUACCUCUCAGCUUUGCUGGAAAAGCCAUUAAACAACUCUUGGUGA